AUGUUUGUUCGGAAGAGCAAAUUCAAGCAUAUCAUCGGCAAACCCAAUAAAAAAGAAUUCUGUUAUGACGAAAUUCGAAUCACAAAAAGUAGUUGGGAUUCCACAUUUUGUUCCGUGAACCCAAAGUAUCUGGCAAUCAUCACAGAGGCUGCUGGUGGCGGAGCGUUCCUUGUUUUGCCGAUUGAAAAGUAUGGCCGGGUGGGGCGGGACGCACCGCUAGUGGCUGGCCACCGAGCUGCUGUGCUUGAUAUCGAGUGGUGUCCGCACAAUGAUGAUCUCAUCGCCUCGGGCUCUGAGGAUUGCACUGCAAAGGUCUGGCAAAUCCCCGAGGGUGGUCUCCAGCCGGAAACUAACCUCACUACUCCAGUCGCCGAUCUGGUUGCUCAUCAACGUCGCGUUGGUCUCGUCAAGUGGCAUCCUACCGCCGAAUACGUUCUCCUUACCGCAGGUGCGGACAACAUUAUUUUCAUUUGGAACGUUUCAACCGAGGAGAAACUGAUAACAAUCAACUUUCCCGACAUGGUGCUUUCAGUUAGCUUCAACUGGAACGGUUCCCGUAUCGUCACUACUUGCAAAGAUCGGCACACCCGUAUAAUUGAUCCUCGAAAGGGUACCAUUCUGAAGGAAAACAUCUGCCACCAGGGGACGAAGCCACAACAGGCUAUUUACCUCAAAGAUGGUCGCAUCUUCACCACCGGUUUCUCUCCAAUGAGCGAGCGCCAAUUCGCUUUGUGGGCUAAAUCACUUCUCAUUAUCUAG